AUGGGGGGAAAUCCAAAUGGGCGAGAGAGAGUUGUGAAAAGGCUAUCUAGAUGCUCAGGGUUGUGGCGAUUUCUAAACUCCUACAUCGCAACCUUGAGAGGAGAAGAUGCUGAUCUAAGAAAACAAGCCAAAUGGAAGCUUGGAUGGUUUCUUGUUUGGGUUUCUGAAUAUACAAUGCAAGGGAGGCUUUCAGAGAAAUCAGAUGCAUUCAGUUUUGUAAUGUUGUUAGUCGAGAUUGUAAGUGGGAAAAGAAGCACUAGUUUUUAUGACAAUAAACAAGCAUUCAACCAUUUGGGAUUGGCAUGGAGGUUGUGGAAUGAAGACAAAAUUUUCACUCUUAUAGACCCAAGAAUUUCUUAUCAAGGCUUUGGAAAUGAAAUUUUGAGAUACUUACAUGUUAGUUUGUUAUGUGUUCAAGCAUUUUCUACUCAUAGACCAACCAUUUCAAGGUUUCUUUCAAUGCUAGGUAGUGAAACUACAAUACUACCCUCACCAAAUCAACCCACAUUUUUGAGAGAUAUACCUCAUAUUGGACUGAUUCUUCUCACCAAGGCCAUCAAAGAUGUUCUAUGA